AUGGUUUCACUCGCUGCCCGCAUUUUCCGGUUCUACCUCGUCUGGAUUCGCCGCAGUCAGACACAGUUCCUAACCGCGAGCAAUAUGCGUGCGCAUAUCCAAGCCCAAUACAUCCGCCCACAGAGCUUUGCACCACCUCAGUCCCUCGGUCCCGACAUCGAAAUUCAGCGCGUUGAUGUGAACGACUGGCCUCUGUACCGCAUUUCAUCCUCGCCAUUCUCCCCCAAAGUGGGAGACGAGGACAACCGCCCUGCGAUGCUGUACUGCCAUGGCGGCGCCUGGGUCAAUGAAAUCGUGACGCAGCAUUUUAAGCUUGUGGCGCAGAUUGCUAGGGACACUGGGCUUGACGUGCUUGUCCCUAUCUACCCUCUUAUCCCUCGACCUGCGGCCACUGCUGUGCAAGUCGUCGCAGGAUUGCACGAGAUCAUGACCCAAAUCAAGCAGCCCAUUGUGAGCAUCGGCGGUGACUCGGCGGGAGGCAAUUUGGCAAUGUUGCUUGCGCAGCAUCUCGUGCGUGUGAAAUCGGAUCUCAUAUCGCGGGUCAGGUCACUUGUUCUGAUCUCGCCCGCGCUGGAUUGUACCAUGAGCCAUUCCGAGACGAAAAGGUUGGUACCCGACGACCCGUGGCUCAGCCCCGACGGUAUACACGUGGUUGGGGAUGCCUGGAGUGGAGGUUUGGCGCGUUCGGACCCCAGGGUCAGCCCGCUCUUUGGAGACGUUGCAGACUUGCCUCCAAUCUUACUCUUUUCUGGAACGCACGACAUGCUCUGCGCAGACGCAAGACGUCUUAGCGCUCGGUUUCGCAAUGGCGCGACAUCCACGGAUAUGUAUACCUGGGAAGCGGGAAGUGUUGAGCUGGAGAGGUUUAAAUCUAAGUACUACAAUGCUCUCCAAGACGGCAACUCAAAGGCAUCCUGA